UUGCAAACUAAAUAGAUUUUAUUCACUCCCACAUCAACGUGUAUUUUAUUUGGAAAGCUCUCCGGUUUCACGGGUUGUAUGGUAUGGUUAUAUACGCCACAAGUAAUGAUUCAUGCCUUCAGUUAAUUUUAGUGUCCCACUUCGAUAUGACGAACAGUCAGUCACACGGUUAGCUAGCUAACUAACGUUAGUUCGUGAAUUUGUGCUACUGCUAACGAGCUAAAAGCCAGAAAUACAAUCAGGAAAAUGUGAAUACCUGCUAGUCCUUCGAAAUACGGAAAUGCUCAAGGAAAACAUUGUCCAAUAAACACUCAAAAUGCAACGUUGCGAGAAACAAAACUAUUUGGCUAUUUAGCGGUCCAAACUCCACUUGUAUUGAAUGGGUUCACUUCCGCCACAACUGCGCAAUCGCGUCGGAGUCGAUUAAUCUGACAGAAGUUUUCAUGACGGUGUUGUGGGUACCGCUGGAGAUUUGCUCAGCUAUCUGUAGCGUCAAAUUCCAGAUUGGUGAGCAGGAGUCUGGGUGAAGGCAGAGAACAUGGCUGUGGAGAAGCGUCUGGCAUUUUCCAUUGUGCAGUUCCUACGAGAUCAAACACACUGUGGUGCCCUGAAUUCAGAUGAGCAGGAAAGCCUUGAAGUUGCGAUACAGUGCUUGGAGACGACCUUCAAGAUCAACUCCAGCGAUAGCCACCUGGCCGUGCCACAGCCCCUGACCGAGAUCUUCCUCAACUCCAUCUUAAAGAAUGACAACCUGUCGAUACCGGAGAUAUCCCCAUCUGCAGAGGACACAGAGAGAGCAGAGCAGCUGAAAAACGAAGGGAACAACCACAUGAAGGAGGAGAAUUACAGCUCUGCAGUGGAGUGCUACACAAAAGCCAUUGAUCUGGACCGGAGAAAUGCGGUCUACUACUGUAACAGGGCUGCAGCUCACAGUAAACUGGGGAACUACACUGAAGCGACUGGCGACUGCGAGCGGGCCAUCGGGAUCGACCCCACCUACAGCAAGGCCUAUGGGAGAAUGGGGCUGGCCUUAACUGCCAUGAAUAAGUACCCAGAGGCUAUCACUUACUUCAAGAAGGCACUGGUGCUGGACCCAGAGAAUGACACCUACAAGUCCAACCUGAAGAUAGCUGAGCAGAAGCAGAAGGAGGCGUCUAGCCCUACAGCUACAGGACUGGGCUUCGACAUGGCCAGCCUCAUCAAUAACCCUGCCUUCAUCAGCAUGGCUGCCAGUGUGAUGCAGAACCAACAGGUCCAGCAACUAAUGUCGGGGAUGAUGUCUAAUGCGGUUGGAGGGCCAGCAGCUGGAGUGGGCGGAUUAUCUGACAUUUCCAGCCUUAUCGAAGCUGGUCAGCAGUUUGCCCAGCAGAUCCAGCAGCAGAAUCCAGAGCUGAUCGAGCAGCUGCGGAACCACAUACGGAGCCGCUCCUUCAGCGGCAGUGCGGAAGAACACUCCUGAUCCAGACGGGCAGGAGAAGGGGAGGACGUACGUGACUGCAAUCCCCCACCCAUUCUUUAACGGCAGUUCACCGGCAGUGCUGAGGGGAAGCGGCGAGCUGGAAGAGGGGAGCACUUUACUGUGAUAAACAGCUUUGGGGGAGAGGGGGGAGGAGAGGGAGAAGCAUUGCACACUGUUAUCCAACACAUUAUAGAAACCCAACCAGUCCACAGAGACAACUGGUCCUCAUCAUAUUCACUGGUAACAUUCAAAAUGGUUUUCUAUGUGUUUUUACAUGUUGUAGCAAUGUGUGCCCUUGUGUCUGCUGCUCUUCCUGGGGCAAGCUGUAAGUAGCAUACAAUAGCAGGGUUACAUUACCUCCCACUGAGGUUUCCCAUGUCAGGAAACGCCACUUUAGAACAAGUUUUGUAUAUUAUUUCCUAUAUUAUUUUAGGGAAGCAAAAUAACAAAAAUAUGAAAAGAGCGCAAGAAUCAUGAAUGUCGAUCGGAAAUUUUUUUAUGACUGGAGUAAUAAGAAAUGAGUAUAUAAUUCAUAAAGACCAUUACACAUUAACUAAAUAUUGAGCCAUUUAACAUUUCAUACCCUGAGUACCCUUGAAGAGCAGGUAGUUCAGUCUCUUAUUGUCGACACAUUACAGGCCGAUUUCACUUCUAUAACAAAUAUAAGCACCAGAAUAUUUAUUAAAGUCAGCGUGUAACAGCUGAAUAAAUUCUAGGGUGUUAAAACAUCUACAGAAAUCUACACUUGCUGCAUUCACAUUCACAUCUACUUAUGUUGCACUGUACAUUGCCAUUUUCCACAUGGGCUUACCUCAUAUCAGUGAUUUAAAAAAAGGUAAAGAGAAUACUGAAAAUCUUCAUAGCCUCAGCCAUAUUUAUUUUGCAUGCUCAACAAGAUCUGAUAUUUGUACUAUUGACAGAUAAAGGCUGAAAGGCUAUGCUUGUGAAACAGGACUCAGUAAAGCAUAUGUAUCGUUAGAAUCGCAAUCUUAAAGUAUGUCAAUAAAGUUGUCUUGAAAUGAA